AUGGAGGCUUCCUCAUCAGAUUACAGCGAUGAAGAGGUGGGGGUGCUAGCUCGUGGUCAGAAAUUAUGGGUGAGAGGGGUCCGGUCUCACACCACUUGUGCUGAUAUCGUCAGGGCCUUACAAGAUACUCCUGAAGCCAGUUGCUUGAGCGAACCAGGCGAGUGGGUUCUAGCUGAGCGAUGGAGGGGAGUGGAACGACCUUUACCACCAGAUGUGCCCGUGCUGCAUGUGUUGGCUGCGUGGGGAGAUGCUAGGCAUGAAGUUCGUCUAUCUCUUCGAAGAUUGUCCAGCGGUGGAGAAGAUGAUUCUGGAAGAGACAGCGACGCUGGUAGUCGCAGUAGGACGAGAAGACGACGGAAAGGUCAUAGAGCAGCAACUCCUCCACCGAGAGCUAAGAGUGAAGAGCCAGCAGCGAGACUCGUGUCUGUGAUACAGCAUCAGAGUAGGACGAUACACCAGCAACUUGAUAAGCUUAGGGAGCAGGAAAAACUAAUCGAUCAAUUAGAAGACCAAACACACAAAAGUAGAAUGGAGAAGCAUGGAACAAAUUAUCUGCUGGAAUCAUAUCUGAGAGAUCUCGGGAGGUGCAGUGAGGUAAAUGAUAGCCAAGCUGCCAACAGUGACAGCGGUGUGGGAGUUGGCAGUGGCACGCCACCAAGAAGACACACAAAACACAAAUCCAGAAGAGAACGACACUUAAUGAGAGAGCACUAUUUUACUAAAGAACUUACAGAUAUCUGCCAAGUAAAUUCCGAAAGAUUGAUCCAAACGAACACAGACACAGAUUCAGAAGCAUCAGCUGACGAACUAACCAAAAUAAGAGAAGAAAUCGAACUUCUUGAAAAGCUCGCGAUUAUAAACAAAAGACUACACCGCGAAGAGGAACUAGUGGUUCGGUUAACAGCGAAGGUAAAACGAUAUACAGACGAAAACAAGGCAAAUAGCUGUGAAAACGUAUCACAAGUGACAAUGCUAAUUGACAAAAUAGAGGAAGAUCUAGCAAAAACAGCCCAAGAAAUGCAAGAUAACACUAAAGAGUUGGAAAGAACUGAAAGUGAAUUGGAAUAUAGAAUGAAAUUGUUAGAUGAAUUAACCUUACAAUUGGAAGAAGAAGAGUUACAAAAUACUAUUUUGGAAAGACAACUGAAUGAGGCAUCAAGUCGACAGCCGAUAGCGUUGCAAGAAAGUUACAUACCUGUUUUGGAUCAAAGCCAGCCCGUUUUCACGUACACAGGGAACGGAUAUGUAUUAGAUACUCUUGUAUGA